CGAGAUGAGAGCAAGCUAACCACGGAUGAAAACACAAAACUUGCUCCGUCAAAUCUGCAUUGGAAUUUUUGUCUUAUAAGUAGACAAGAAUGAAGAGUUAAGGUAUGAAUUGAAGCGAAUAGUAACAUUGUGUGGUUUGGCGAUGGUGAUCAAGAUGGAAUUGUGCCACUUCAUAUCCGACCAUCAAGCAAAAGAGGUGGUGCGAUCUAUGAAUCAGCUGCGUAAGUUAAAUGCUCUGUGUGACGUGGAACUGGUGGUGGACUUCGAGAGGUUCCCAGCCCACAGAGUGUUGCUGGCCUCCUGUUCAGACUACUUCAGGGCCAUGUUCACAAACACAAUGUGCGAGUCUGCUCGCACGUCAGUUCCGAUCAAAAAUGUCUCUCCUUGUGUGAUGAGGAUCAUCUUGGACUAUGUCUAUGCGGAGUCUAUCACCAUCAACGCAGACAAUGUGCAGGAACUACUCCCCGCUGCCUCCCUCUUGCAACUACACUCCAUUCAACAAGCUUGCUGUGAAUUUUUGGAACGGCAACUGGACUCAUCAAACUGUCUAGGCAUCAAAGCAUUCGCAGACACUCACAACUGUACUGAGCUGUCCCAGUCAGCCGAAAAGUUCAUCUGUCAGAAUUUUGUCGAAGUCAUCAAACAUGAAGAAUUUCUGAAUUUGAGUAAAGAAGAUUUGGAGGGAUUGAUCAAACGUGAAAACAUUGCCAUAGAUGGCUCUAAGGUGUCUAUAUUUGAAGUAUGUGACACUUACGCAAUUCGAAGCAUUGUAAUUAUGCUGGAGCAGUCCAAACUGGAGAGUAGGAAGACCCUGCCCCGACUGAGUCUGAAGGAGUAUAUGGUGAUAGUGGGUGGGUUUGGACUGAACCAGCAGCCGAUUGAUGUGGUGGAACAGUUCGAGUCCAAGAACAACGAAUGGUCACUCUUGCCACCCCUGCCCACACGUAGACGUUAUGUCAGUGCCACCCAACUGGGAGGGCAGAUCUAUGUGAUAGGGGGCUAUGACAAUGCGAACAGACUGAGCAGUGUGAGUGUGCUAGACUGUAGGGUAAUGCAGUGGAAGACAGUGGCCAAUAUGAAUGUGAGGAGGGGACUGGCAGGGGUGGUCUCUUACAGGGACAAGAUCUACGUGGCGGGUGGUUUUGACGGCAGUUCUCGUCUCUCCAGUAUGGAAGUGUAUGACCCAAAUUUGGACAAAUGGGAGAUGAUGCCUCAGAUGACCAUAGGCAGAGAGGGCUCCUCCCUUGUAGUGUGUGCUGAUAUGAUAUACUGUAUCGGGGGAUACGACGGAAUGACCAUACUGCGAUCGGUGAACAGGUUCGAUCCCCGCGAGGGUCGUUGGAUAACAGUGACUCCUCUCUCAGUAGGCAGAUCAGGAGCAGGUGUGGCAGUGGUAGAUGAUAUGAUAUACGUGUGUGGGGGAUUUGACGGAAGCCAACAUCUCUCAGGCGUGGAGUGCUAUAACCCACGGAUGGACAUGUGGAGUUCGGUGGCCAACAUGCACAACGCCAGAUGCUACUCCAGCACAGCCGCACUGGAAAAGAAACUGUACUGUGCAGCAGGAUACGAUGGUGCAACUCUGUUGAAUUCAGCCGAGCGGUUCGACCCUCUGUCCAAUAAGUGGUCACCUGUAGCCGCAAUGUCAACUCCUCGAUGUGAUGCAGGCAUUUGCGUCUAUCAACGAUAUUAGUGUACACGCUCCAAAACCUCUAUUUAAAGUCAUCGCAAAAUAAUGAUUAGGUCUUUUCUGUUAAUCUGUUAACAUUGAAUAAUUUCCUUAACCCAUUACUGAUUUAGCUUGGUACUUGCAUGUGAGACCCCAAAAGCUAAGCCUACCCCCAAUUUCCAGGAAAAAACAACGCCAGAAAACUUUAA